UUCCUCAGGGAUUCUCCGUCUGUCCUUCCUGAGAUGCCCUCCUUUGGCCUCACUCAUCUUGUCUGACGCUGAAGUGUCCUGCCCGACACUGUCCGUUCCCAGUCACCCGGGGCCUCCCCUCAGGGCCUGUCCCCUCCACUUAUGACCCAGUGACCUGGAGCUUGGCAUCCCCUGGGCAUCGUCCUGGGCUUCACACCCGUGGACUGGAGAUGGGGUGUCAGUGCUAUUAGGGCCCCGUCUGGAUGCAUAGUCUGCUCUCUGUCAACCAGGCUCCAGAAGCUGCCAGUGGAAGUCAAGAAUUAAUGUGCACAAAAGCCUGGUAAAAUCUGGACGUGAGACCCAUUAGGGGAAAUGUCUUCUGACGUUUUCUUGGGCAGUCGAAGCACAAGGACCAUUGACCUUGGAGGACGUGGCCGUGGAGUUCUCUCCGGAGGAGUGGGCCUGCCUGGACCCUGCGCAGAGGGCCUUGUACAGGGACGUGAUGCUGGAGACCUACAGGAACCUGCUCUCUCUGGAUAUCUCUCCUAUACAUGUGAUCAAGAAAUUACAACCGAAAGUAAACACUGAUAGAGGAGAAGCAUUCCAGACAUGAAGCUGCAAAGACAGGAAAGGAACAAAAUCAAACAUUUUUACCUGAGGGAAAUCCAGGGAAACACAUACGACCUUGAGUCUCAGCAGAGAGAUGAGGAAAGAACUGACAAAGGAAUGGCUGUAACGCAACACGAAAAUCUCACCGCUAAGCGAGAUCGACAUGGUACCAGUAUUGCAGGGAUCAGUCCUGCUGGUAGCAGGUUUGCAGUAAGCUUUCAGGAUGAACUGCAUGGAUUUAAAAGUGCAGAGAAAAUUCUUCAAGCUGACUCGAGUCUCCGUAGUCGUGCCUCAUUUUCACCACCUCAAACAGUGUCUCCUGUCAUCCAAGCCAACAUCCCUAACACAAAUGGGAGUGAUUUUCCGCCUCCUUCCAUACUGACGCAAGACCAUCGUGAACACAGGGAAAGCCCGCCCAGAUAUAAUCGGGGGAGUGAAACUUUUCAUCAGGACCUAAACCUCACUGAACCUCCGAUCAUCCUUGCAGGAGAGAAAGUGCAUGACCGUGAACUUUGCGGCAAAGUCUUUCGUCUGAACUCAGAUCUUGCAGUUCAUCCGAGAAAUCAUACUGGAGAGAAAGCUUACAAACCUCCUGUGCGUGGCCAAACCCUGAGUCCCGGCUCACACAACACAGGACCUCUGACAAGCCGUAUAGACGAGAACACGUAUACAUGUGAGGUGUGCAAAAAAGCCUUCCGUCGAAAGUCAUACCUCGCCAUGCAUCAGCGAAUUCAUGCCGCAGAGAAAGCCUACACCUGUGAUGUGUGUGGCAAGAAGUUUCAUCACAGUUCGAAUCGAAGGAGACAUCAGAGAAUCCACACAGGAGCCAAGCCGUACGCAUGUGACGUGUGCGGUAAAGGCUUUAAUCGCAAUUCAAUCCUCGCGCUUCAUCGGCGAAUUCACACGGGCGAGAAGCCCUACAAGUGUAACGCGUGUGGCAAGGUCUUUAGCCGAAAAGGAACCCUUGCGAGUCACCAGAGGAUUCACACGGGAGAGAAACCUUACAGAUGUACCCAGUGUGGCAAAACCUUUCACCACCGCUCCGUCCUCCUGCGCCAUCAGAUGAUCCAUAAGGGGCUUAAGUUGCAUAAAUGCGAUGUCUGCGGCAACGUUUAUAGUCGCAGAUCAAAUCUUGUCAUUCAUCACAGGACUCACACUGGAGAGAAACCUUACACAUGCCAUGCGUGCGGCCAGGUCUUCAGUCAGAAAGCAUCCCUUGCAUGUCAUCAGGCAGUUCAUACGGGAGAGGAGCCUUACAAAUGCAGUGAGUGCGGCAAAAGCUUCCACCACAGUUCAAACCUCAGGAAACACCAGCUCCUUCAUAAUGGAGGGAAAGAAUAUAAAUGCGAGGUGUGUGGCAAAGUCUUCCGUCAAAAUGCAUACCUCGCAAAGCACCAGAGACUUCACUCUGGAGAGACCCCUUACAGGUGCAGCGACUGUGGGAAGGUCUUUAGGAAAAAAGCAAUUCUUACACUUCAUCAGAGGACACAUACCGGAGAGGAGGACGCUUAUCAAUGUCACGAGUGCGGCAAAGUCUUUUGUCAGAAAGGCACCCUUGCAAGGCAUCGGCUCAUCCACGCUCGAGCCACACCUUGCACAUGUGAUGCGUGUGGCAAAACCUUUGAUCAGCACGCAACCCUCGCUCGCCAUCAGGCAACCCACGCAGGCGAGAAAUUACAUAAAUGUGAUAUCUGCGGCAGAAUCUAUCGUCGAAAGUCAGACCUUGCCAUUCAUCAGAGAAAUCACACUGGCGAGAAGCCUUACCAAUGCCAUGAGUGUGGCAAGACCUUUAAUUACAGAUCGAAACUCAGUCGCCAUCUGCUAAUCCACACGGAAGAGAAACUGUAUAAAUGCGAUGUGUGCGGCAGAGUCUUCAGUCAAAAUUCCUACCUUGCCAGACACCAGAGAAUUCACACUGGAGAGAAGCCUUACGAAUGUAGCGCCUGUGGCAAAACCUUUAAUGAUAAGUCCGCCUUCAGCCGACAUCUGAUGAUCCACACAGGAGCAAAACCUUACAAGUGCGAUGUGUGUGGCAGCGUGUUCCGUCGCCGUUCACACCUUGCCGGGCAUCAGAGAAUUCACACUCAAGAGAGACCGUAUACAUGCAAUGUCUGCGGCAAGGUGUUUACCCAGAAUUCACAUCUUAGGGUGCAUCAGAGGGUUCACACUGGAGAGAAACCUUACAAAUGUCACGAGUGUGGCAAGGUCUUUAGUCAGAAUCCAACCCUUGCAAAGCAUCAGAGGAUUCACACCCAAAAGAAACCUUAACGAUGUCGCGAGCGUGGUCAAGUCUUCAGUGAAGAGUCUCGGCUUGAAACUCAGUGGAAAAUCCAUGCUGUGCAGAAACCUUUCCUUCCGAAGGGUUGCGUGUGGAAACGCCUUCAGUCAGAUUUCCACCCUCGUCAGGUAAUGGGUACACAGGGGACGUCAUGCCGAUGUGACCUGUUUGGCAAGGACGUCAGUAAACACAGACACUUUAAAUCCACGGGCCAUUCACAGUGGGGAGAAUGGGUGUGAAUAUCUUAAGUGUGGCAGAGCCUUACGUCCAACCACGGAGCCCCUGCUCGACAGAAACUGGAGCAACCUCGUGCCUGUCUCAGGAGUCUUAAGUCAAAAUUCAUGCCUUCACGAUCCACCAAGAAAUUCCGACUGGAGAUAAACCUCACAAGUAUCAGGAGUCUGGGGAAUUCGUCAGUGUACUUUCAAGCCUAACUUACUGUCAGGUCAUCCCUAUUGGGAGAGAUUUUAAUAGAGCAAGGGUUUUAGCAGGUGUCCUCAUCCACGUGUUAUUGGAGAAGUCACGCUUGAGAGAAAUCAGGUGCAUGUAUUUCAUAUGACCAGGCUUUCAGACCAGAAAGUCAUCCACCAAAGAAUUCACUCUGCAGAUGACCUCACACAGGCCACGCGUGGGAAGAACCUUUACUCAGGCUCACAUCUCACGAAUCAUCAGACUCUCCCCACAGGACAGAAUAUGACAGAGGUGCCGAAGGUGGCAACGCUUUUCUAUUGUGCCUUAAACAAAGCCUUCACCAAAUGCUCCAUGCUUACAAAUUGAGUGAACAUGGCAAUUUCAAAGUAUUACACACUCACCCCUGGACACCAGAGUAUCCGUCCUGGAAGAAAAACCAUCAGAAUGCAGUGUGCAUGGCGAAGAUUUUACCCAACGAUUCCAAGAUGGGAAGGUCCUGAAAUAAUACCUUCCAAACGCGAGGAGUGUAGCAAAACCUUCUACCUGAGGUUCAAAUAUUCGGUAACGUGGGCAGUUCAUUUGAAACCGUACAAUUGCGGGGCAGAGGCUUUACCCAGUCCUCGCAAGGAACUAGACUCUUCAGUGUACAUGUUUGAGAAGCCACACAAAGCAGUGUGUGUGCCAAGGCUGGUACCUGAAGAUGGAAGCUGUGAAACGUAGAGAAUUAAUGUUGGAGAGCUGCGUUUCGGAUGCAGUGAGGGUUGUUGACAUUUUCAUCAAGUGUUGACAACGUCGACGUGACCUUAUGUCAAUAUUUUGAAGUCUGUGGCUCUUAUGCCUUUGCUACAGGCCUUUCAGGGUUGUCCCUGGGCAGGAAUCCAUAGGAUAAUACACCUGACAGCAUUAGGUGGGGUUCCCUCGCAUCCACGUUCCCUGGACAAAGUGGGACCCUGGAUUUUCCGGUUCAACAGCACGUGCAUUAGCCUUAGAGAAAACCCCAGGCAAAACCGUGACACGACUCAUCCCGCUUGUCGGGUUCUGGGCGCCCUUCUGUAGACAGGCUGCUGCGGGUUACAGGACAGAAUCCUCUCCCGGCUGACGGUGAACGGGCAGGAUGGGCAUCAGGGAGCCCCGUUUUUGCCACGAGCAGAGUGAGAGGUUCCCAGGCACUGAUUAUGCAGUGGAAACAAUGCUCAGGUAAAGCUGGUCACUUUUUCCCAUGAAUGAGAGUAGCUGUUGUAUGUUUCUGUGGGGUUUUGUCCUUGUUAUUUUGUCUUUUUAGGGCCGCACCCGCGGCAUAUGGAGGUUCCCAGGCUAGGGGGUCGCAUCAGAGCUGCAGCUGCCGGCCUACACCACAGCCGCAGCAACGCGGGAUCUGAGCUGCAUCUGCGACCUACACCACAGCUCACGCAACGCCAGAUCCUUAGCCCACUGAGCGAGGCCAGGGAUGGAACCCACAUUCUCAUAGAUACUAAUUGGGUUCGUUAUAGCUGAGCCACAAGGGGAACUCAUCUACCUGUGUUUAAUGAAAAAUGAGUCUUAUUCUUGGAAAUUGAAGGGAGGGCAGUUAUCGUUGAGAGGAAAAAUUAAUCAAAAGAAUCAGAAGGGUAUGCAUGUGUAUGAUUCACAUGUAGCUGUUGUUACAUUUCACCGUGGUUUUAUUCUGAAGUAAAAUAGGUGUCCUGUUUUAAUUAAUAAAAUUGAAUCACUUUUUUCACUGAUUCUGGUCAUGGUAACUUCCUAUCAAGUCAGCACAAGCAUACCUGUUUUAUUGCACUUUUCUUUUUCCCUUUUUUUUUUUUUUUAUUUUUAGGACCGCUCCUGCAGCAUAUGGAGGUUCCCAGGCUAGGGCUUGAAUCAGAGCUAUAGCCACCUGCCUACGCCAGAGCCACAGCAACGUGGAAUCCGAGCCGAGUCUUCGACCUACACCACAGCUCACGUCAGCGUCGGCUCCUUAACCCACUGGAGCGAGGUCAGGGAUCGAACCCGCAACCUCAUGGUUCCUAGUCGGAUUCGCUGCUGCUGCGCCACGACAAGAACUCCCAGGUGGUGCAUUUUUAGAGGGAAGGUUCGAAGCGCGUGCUUGGCACCAUAUUUCCAACAGCAUUUGGUCCGUUCAUGUCUCUGUGUCACAUUUUGGUAAUUCUCUAUAUGUUUCAAACUUUAUUAUAUUUGUCAUGUUGUCUGUGGCCGAUGAUCUAUUUUUUUUUUUUCUUCUUCUUCUUUUUUGGCCACCUUGAGGCAUAUGGAGCUCCCCGGCCAGAGAUCAGAGCUGAGCCACAGUUGCAACCUAAGCUGCAGUUGCAGCAGCGCCGGAUCCUUACCCCACGGUGCCAGGCUGGCCGCUGAACCCGCUGUUCCCAUUGUGCCACAGCAGGAGCUCCUGUAACCUGUGGUCUUGGUGAUACAAUGCUGUUUUAUUUGUUUGCUGCUUGGUGUUAAAGGGAAAGUUGCGUUUGUGCUGGAGGGCGCCCUGCUGGUGGGGGAGGUCGUGGAUGGGUCUUUGUUGAUGUUUUUCUUGGGGUGCAGGUGGUUGGUGUGGGCACUGUUAAUGUUUUUCUCGGGGGCAGUGGGCACCGUUCUUCAUGGGGCCGUUGACAGAACCAGGGCACGGGGCAGAAUAACACGCGGGGCAGCUCAUCUCGUCCCAGUUGUAUUUCUGGGUGAGCUGCUGAGGGGAGGCUCCCCGAUGCCACCCUUCAGGUAAAGCACCAAGUUCAGGGUGACGUCUCUGGGUAUUUUAGCCAAAAGGUAAACCAUCCUCCAGCUCUUUGCCCACCAAAAUCACAGUCUGCUCAGGUAGGACCCCUCAGGGUCUUCGCAGCCUUCUGCCUCCUUAGAAAGAACAGCAACAAUGUAGCUUUAAUUUAAUGAACAGGAGGGGGGUUUUGUUUUUUGGUGGGUUUUUUUUUUGAGGGGGGCAGGCAGGGCUUCAUGCCCAUGGCAUGCAGAAGUUCCCAGGCCAGGGAUCUAGCUCACACCACAGCAGUGACAGUGCCAGGUCCUUAACCCACUGAGUCACCAGGGAAUUCCUAAUGUACUUUUUAAGAGAUGUAAUGCCGGUGUUCCUAUUGUGGUGCAGUGGAGACGAAUCCAACUAGGAACCAUGAGGUUGCAGGUUCCAUCCCUGGCCUCCCUCAGUGGAUUAAGGAUUUGGUGUUGCCGUGAGCUGUGGUGGGAAGUCGCAGAUGCAGCUUGGAUCUGAUGUCGCUGGUGUAGGCCGGCAGCUGUAGCUCCAAUUGAACCCCUAGACUGAGAAUCUUCAUAUGCUGUGGGCAUGACCCUAAAACAAAUAAACGAAAGACAUUGCAAACUUUAUAGUCUACAGAAUGGUGUAAACAUAACUUUCAUGUGCACUGUGAACAUAAUUUCAUGUCACCCACUUAACGCCAUAUUUAAUUUAUUGGGGUGCUCUGGAACCAAAUUCCCAGUAUUUGCAAAGCAUGCCUACAGUUUUUUGUUUGUUUGGUUUGCUUUUUAGGGCCACACCUAUGGCAUAUGGAUUCUCCCAGGCUAGGGGUUGAAUCGGAGCUGCACCUGCUGGCCUACACCACAGCCACAGCAAUGCCAGAUCCAAGCCAUGUCUGCAGCCCACACCACAGCUCACGCAACAUGAGAGCCGUAACCCACUGUGGGAGGCCAGGGAUCGAACCCCAUCCUCAUGGAUGCUAGUUGGGUUCGAUACCACUCAGCCAUGGUGGGAACCCUAGCAUGUCUACGGUUUUAUUUCACAGGCCAGUAUUACCAAUGAAUGAAUAUUUAAAUAAGAUGUAGGUACAGUGAUCAUGACAUAAUCCUACAAGAAAGGUGGAGUUGUAUUUACUGAGGAAAGAAUGGUCCCCAUUAUGAGGGAUAAAAAAAGAUACAUUUCCAGAGUUUCCGUUGUGGCUCAGUGGUAAUGGGUGCAGCCCUAAAGAGCCAAAAGAAAAAAAAAAAAAAAAGACCUUUUUUCCAGGAACAAAUGUAAAG